UCGCCAAGUUAGGGCGAUGGCCCGCAACGGGGGAUGAAAUGGGAAUGUCCCGGAGAAAGCAGCCUUGCGACUGAAGAGGGACGCCUCUCGGCUUUAGCCUCCCUGGGGGCGGGACUGCGUGGACUCGGCGGUCCCGGGUGCCUCGGGAGGGAGUCAGUGCCCAGAUCCGCGGUGGGAACUCCGGGCUAGGAAAGUCCGGGAGGGAGGUGGUCUCAGCAUCGCCCCCACGCCUACCAUCUCCUGCACGCGUUUGCGGUUGGGGCGGCCCAGGGACUGCAGAGGGGGCGCCGGGCGGGGCGUCCCGGCGGGGCUGUGGGGGUGGGGGUGCUUGUUCGCGUUUAUUAUAACUUUACUCCCUUUAAAAGGAAAGCUAUGCCCGGAAUCCAGGAGGUGGCGAGCAGAGCCCGGGUUGGGAAGGACUUGACCCGCGCCCGCCGCUGGCCGCGCUCCGUGUCCCUGGAGCUGGGGCUGUGCGCGAGCGGGGCCCACCCUCAACCUUUACCCCGACUUUUACUCCCACUCCCACCCCCACCUCACUCUCACCUCUCCAACCCCACCGUCAGCCCCACCUCUAACCCCCACCCCUCCAACCCUACCCGCCGCCACCCCCACCUGCCACCCCCACCCCCACCUAUACGCCCGCAACCUCCCACCGUCACCUCCCCAACACCCCCACCACCCUCAGCCUUGACCUCCCCAUCCCACCCCGCCCCGCGGGCCCCACCCUGCCACCCCCGCCCACCCCUCUCGCGGGCGGAGCGGCUCUUGGCCUUUUUUGGGCGUCUCCCUGCUCCGCGGCCCGGGCUGGCGGGCGGGCGCUCGGCUGGCGGCUGCAGCAGCAGAGGGAGACCCGCGGCAACCCCGGCAACCCAGGGCUCGGCGUCGCUGCCACCAUGACGGGAAGCAAUAUGUCGGACGCCUUGGCCAACGCCGUGUGCCAGCGCUGCCAGGCCCGCUUCUCCCCCGCCGAGCGCAUUGUCAACAGCAAUGGGGAGCUGUACCAUGAGCACUGCUUCGUGUGUGCCCAGUGCUUCCGGCCCUUCCCCGAGGGGCUCUUCUAUGAGUUUGAAGGCCGGAAGUACUGCGAACACGACUUCCAAAUGCUGUUUGCUCCGUGCUGUGGAUCCUGUGGUGAGUUCAUCAUUGGCCGCGUCAUCAAGGCCAUGAACAACAACUGGCACCCGGGCUGCUUCCGCUGCGAGCUGUGUGAUGUGGAGCUGGCUGACCUGGGCUUUGUGAAGAAUGCCGGCAGGCAUCUCUGCCGGCCUUGCCACAACCGUGAGAAGGCCAAGGGCCUGGGCAAGUACAUCUGCCAGCGGUGCCACCUGGUCAUCGACGAGCAGCCCCUCAUGUUCAGGAGCGACGCCUACCAUCCUGACCACUUCAACUGCACCCACUGUGGGAAGGAGCUGACGGCCGAGGCCCGCGAGCUGAAGGGUGAGCUCUACUGCCUGCCCUGCCAUGACAAGAUGGGCGUCCCCAUCUGCGGGGCCUGCCGCCGGCCCAUCGAGGGCCGAGUGGUCAACGCGCUGGGCAAGCAGUGGCACGUGGAGCACUUUGUCUGUGCCAAGUGUGAGAAGCCAUUCCUGGGGCACCGGCACUAUGAGAAGAAGGGACUGGCCUACUGCGAGACUCACUACAACCAGCUCUUCGGGGACGUCUGCUACAACUGCAGCCAUGUGAUUGAAGGCGAUGUGGUGUCGGCCCUCAACAAGGCCUGGUGUGUGAGCUGCUUCUCCUGCUCCACCUGCAACAGCAAGCUCACCCUGAAGAACAAGUUUGUGGAGUUCGACAUGAAGCCCGUGUGUAAGAGGUGCUACGAGAAGUUCCCGCUGGAGCUGAAGAAGCGGCUGAAGAAGCUGUCGGAGCUGACCUCCCGCAAGGCCCAGCCCAAGGCCGCGGACCUCAACUCUGCCUGAAGGCGCUCUUGCGCAGCCGCCUCUCGGCCCCUCCGCCUUCUCCCCUCCCGCUGUCCAUGUUUGGCCCCAUCGUCCCCAUCCACCUGCUCCCUCCGCAUCUUACCCUCCCUUUCUCUUUCCUCAUUGCCUCCUCCCUUCCUGUUCCCUCAUCUCUGCCUUCCCCAUGUCUCUCCUCUCCUUGGCCGUGGCUUCUGUGAGGAGGCAGGAGCUGGGGAGUGGGAGCCUGUGACCCCACGUCUGACAGCUGUGUCCACCUGUGCCCACAGCUUCCGCCCACAAACCUCCAGGGACAGGAGCAAAUUGCACCACAGCUCCCCCCUGGCCUGGCCCUCCCCAGGCGGCUCAGUGGCUCAUGCUGUCCUGUGAGAGCCCCUGCCCCAGAGCGGCCCCACUAAGCGCAUGUGGCUCCUGGGCUACCCACAGCCAGGGCAGCCUGCUGGAGCCACAGGGCCAGGGCCAUGCAGAUGGAGGCCUCUGGGAGCCACCUCCAAUCCCUCACCACUCACUCAACCAGUGGCACAGUGUCCCUGUGCCCACACUGAGGCAGCAAGUCCUGCUGUCCACACCUACAAGCUACCUGGAGGGACAGGACCCACCUCCGUCCUUCGGAAGGCCUUCCUGGAAUCUCGCCUUGGCCUCCCACCUUGGUUCCGCCCCGCCCCCCUCCCCCCCAACCUUGGGGCUUGUGUUGAGCCAGGAGGUGAUGGGGUCAGAGGAGGUAUGGUCAGAGGUGGCUUGUUCCCACCUCCAGGGAGGACGCUUCGUCUGCGGCCAGCGCAGACCUGGUGUUUGUUGGGCUCACGCUUGCACAAUGAAGGCUUGUUCACACCA